CAAACUAAAAAGCUCAAUUAAACAUUUGGAUUUCACAACAAUUUGGAUUCACAAUUCCUUGUUUCAGACAUAAAAUCCUGACUGAUUAUGAGAGCACUCCGUGUUGUGUAAAGUGUUUGUACUUGUAAAUCCACGCAUGUGCGCAGACACAGGCCAGGUGAUUAUCCCACAGUGUAACACGGACAGAGGAAGAGAGGCAGUAGGUGGGGUCAGAGCAGAGGGAUAAAUCAACAGAAUUAAAAUAGACUGGCCAAUCGAGGCGCAGCGCUGAUACAGGACGGGUAAACAGGAGGAGGAGGGUGAUGUAGAAACAGAAAACAGAGAGGCGUGGGGAGGAAAACAUCCUGUGGUCUUAUUGUCAAAGUAAAAAGGACAGAAGAAGGAUUUACAGACUCAACCUGCAGGCUGAAGAAUGCAAAAAUGGCCCUAAAUUUUUUCAACAGAAAAACAAUUUUGUUUUCCAUUUAAAGGGAUCAUUCUUUUAUCUAACGUCACUUUUUGUUUACCUGCUUGGUCUGCCACGACUUAACUGUUGCGCUGGACCUGUUGCGGAAAACACAGGGUCGGAGGAGGGCCACCAGGAGGAGACGAGCCGCUGCCAGGUCGAGCAAGAAGCUUGAGCGCAGGCUCCGCGGGGUCAUGAGGACGGCCAGGCGGGCCAGUAAUGUGGAGGUGCCCUCUUUUCUCCGGCAGCUUGUCAGAGAGACAGAGAAGAUGGUCACCUUCUUUUUCAAAGGGGGGACCAGGGAAGCAGGGCCCGACGAGGAUGACAGUUUGGACGAGGACGACUCGAUGCCGAGCCCGUACCUGGACCGUCCCAUCCUGGAGAAGCAGGUGUCGGAGGGGAGUUCUGAUUUGGGGUUGAACUAUGCUGUGGCGAGCAUGCAGGGCUGGAGGGCUCAGAUGGAGGACGCCCACACCUGCAUGCCCCAGCUGAAAGGAGAGCUGAGAGAGUGGGGAUACUUUGCAGUGUUUGAUGGACACGCAGGGACCACGGUGGCACAGUACUGCUCCAAAAACCUGCUGGAUCAUAUCCUGGCAACAGGUGGAGUUAAAGCAAACGAGGACCCCGAGCAGGUAAAGGAAGGCAUACGUAAAGGCUUCCUGGACAUUGAUACCCACAUGCACAAACUGACUCGCCAGCACAACUGGGACCGUAGUGGCUCCACCGCGGCAGCUGUCAUGAUCUCACCUCGCUACAUUUACUUUAUUAACUGUGGGGACUCCCGCACCCUGCUCUGCCACAAAGGCCAGGUGGUCUUCUACACGGAGGACCACAAGCCGUUCAACCCUAGAGAAAAAGAGCGCAUCCAGAACGCUGGAGGCUCGGUGACCCUGCAGAGGGUCAAUGGCUCGCUGGCCGUUUCCAGAGCUCUGGGGGACUUUGACUUCAAGGAGGUGGACUGGAGGCCGCAGACGGAGCAGCUAGUGUCGCCAGAGCCCGAGGUGUACGAGCUGGAGAGGACGCCCGAAGAUGAGUUCCUGAUUCUAGCGUGUGAUGGUGUGUGGGACGCCAUCGGUAACGAGGAACUGUGUGCCUUUGUGCGCAGUCGGCUGCAGGUGUGCGAUGACCUGAGAGAGAUUUGCGCCCAGGUCAUAGACCUCUGUCUCUAUAAGGGCAGCCUGGAUAACAUCAGCAUCAUCAUCGUCUGCUUCCCCGGCGCCCCCCAGGUGACUCCAGAGGCCCUGCAGAAGGAGGCAGAGCUGGAACAACUGAUCGAUACGAAAGUGGAAGAAAUCAUCCAGAUGAUGAGGUCCAGAGAGGAGGACCCCGAUCUUUUGUACGUCAUCAAAUUCCUGGCUGCGGAGGAGAUGCCAGGACUUCCACCAGGAGGAGGCAUCACCAGCAAACGAGACUGUAUCAUUUCUGCAUACCAGAAACACGUCUCCACUAUCAAAUCUCAGGAGCCAAUGGACAUCGAAGGAUCGGAGGAGGACUCAAACUAAAAGAGAGGGGGACUCAUCACCGGCUCCACUGAGACCAGCUCAAAGGGAAACUUUACAUUUUAGAUGAGCACCAAGCGAAGGAAGAGUUUGUGUGACAUAUUCUCCAUGUUUGUUUUCAGGUGCAUUAAAGCGACAUUUCAAAUCAAA